AUGGACAAAAAUUACUCAAAGGCCGAAGCCAAGAGUGUUUUGGAUAUUAGUUUGCAAAUAGCAAGAAGAAAGCAUCACUUGUCGGUCAUUUACUUUCAAUCUGUCUCUGCAAAUUGUCUUGUCUCAACUUCAUGGGAGAAAAAAACAAGUGUCGAUCAUGUGACACAUUUCAAACCAUCGGGUGAUUGUAUAAAAUUCUUGUGUGGAUUGGUGCGUUCUGUAGACAUCGCAUAA